AUGGCCGAUGCAUUGGAUUCGGCCAUUCUUUACCAGGCAGAAGAUCGCAUUUUUCUCUUGGACAUUCCAUACUCGAUCGCCCUUGCUCAAGGGGAUAGAGUUCCCACAGAGUCUGAGCACCCGACAGAAGAAUGGAGCUUUAAGACAGAGAACAAUCGACAAAAAAAACAGCUUCUAUCUUGUUCUCCCGCCAAAGAUCCAUUUCCAUCGACUGAGCCAAAAACCCCAAGCGCACGCGCCAAAGUGCUCGAGAGCACUCCUUUCUCUGAAAGACGGUUUCACUCAGAAUGGAUACUGCCCCUCGUGAAGCAUUCCCUGGAAACUAUUAGGGCGGGCAUCGAGCAUGAUAGAUGGUGUUUGACCAGAGCAGUGCCAUAUGAGGAGGUCCACGAACAUGGGGUGCCAGAACAGCCUCCACGCAAACGACGGAAAUGGCAUGAUUCUACAUCUUUGCAAUCCGGACCCGAUGGCCAUGCUAUCAAAAUCAAUGAACCGCCCAUGAUUCUAUCAUCAGCCGCACCGAAUAUAUUCGAGUCACUCUCGGAGCUGAAGAUAGCGAAAAAUCCGUCAUCAGAAGCCGUAACGAUCCAAAUUGGAACAUCCCAUGAGACCACAAAUGUAUACUCGGUGCCACCAGAGUCCAGUUUCAUACUAGGUGAAUUACCCAUCUUCAAGGGAUCCGAAUAUCAUGCUGCGUAUGAAGCCCCCAUUCCUGGGCUUUUACAGAAAUUCAAUCUUAUCCUGAUGGAUCCGCCCUGGCCAAACCGAUCUGUUCGGCGAAGCGGCCACUAUACAACAAAUCACUACUCUGAGAUGGAAAUCCUCACCCAGGGAAUGCGAGAAAUUCUACAAACACACUCGUGUAGCCAUGAGGAUAUGACACAGGAGUCGGCAGAGAGCCAGAACGGACCCCAUAUUCAAAGCCAGCAAUCUAUUGCUGCUAUCUGGAUAACCAAUGCGGAAAAGUCGCGAAAAGCUGCUUAUCAUGCCAUGGGGGGUGCGGGAUUCGAUGUCUGCGAGGAAUGGAUCUGGGUCAAGACUACACAGAGUGGCCAGCCAAUUUCAGCGCUAGAUGGUCUGUGGCGGAAGCCGUAUGAAAUUCUUGUCAUUGGAAAACGCAGUCCAGAUUAUAAAAGAGCUGCCUCCCCAGCGCACCAAACAGAUGAUCUGACAGCUGUGAGUGAAGCUAUUGCUACGAGACGAGUCAUCGCCGCGGUCCCAGACCUGCAUUCUCGCAAACCCAACCUCAAGAGCAUUUUUGAGAAGAUCUUCUUCUCCAAUGGGACUUCCCGGGAGACGUAUACUGCUCUCGAGGUAUUUGCCCGAAACUUGACCGCUGGUUGGUGGGCAUGUGGGAAUGAGACCCUCAAGUUCAAUGCCCGCGAGUGCUGGGUUGAUGAUACAACCACAAAUUGGACUCUGGAAUAG